AUGGAUGGUUCGAAGACAGACGUGAAGGUCACAGUGGAUCUUGAGUGCAAAGAGUACGAGGGUGUGACCAUGGGUUUUCCCAAGCUGCAGCCUACGGAUGUUCACUUUGGCUCCACGGGCAAUGCCAUUUUCAACUGGCGCAUCGUCUACCCCCGCAUCGUCAUGCCUACCAAAUCCUGCACCAUGGACCUCAAGCUGUAUCAGGCGAAUUCCAUUUCGGCAGAUGAGUUCAUCGGAGCCGUGAGCGUGGAUUUGCGAAGAUAUGUGGAGAGGGUCGCACGGGAUAUGGACAUGAUCUACAUCGAAAAAGCUGACCUACAGUUCACCGCCGGCGCCGGUGGAGAUGAAGAGGGCGGCGAGGGCGGCGACGGUGGAGAGGAGGAGACCGUGGGCUCCGUGCAGUUCGAGAUGUGGUUCAUGACGCAGAGCGAGGCCAAUCAGAAGCGGAACGGAAAAGGCCGCGAGGACCCUAACGACUUCCCUCAGCUUGUGACUCCUGCAGAGGGACGAGGUUGGGGAGAUGUUCUCGGUGGCUUCUCUCUGUCUCUGCCUGAUCUUGGCCUCAUGAAGAAAGUGAUCCCCCUCAUUCUCUUCACGCUGCUCUGCCUGGUCCUCCUCAGAUUUAUUGGUCUGCUGUGA